CCUUUCCGGCGGUGAUGAUGUCCCUUCAAGAACAUGCCUCUCGCAAAGGAUCUCCUUCAUCCCUCUCCAGAAGAGGAGAAGAGGAAACACAAGAAGAAGCGCCUGGUGCAGAGCCCCAAUUCCUAUUUCAUGGAUGUGAAAUGCCCAGAAUGCUAUAAAAUCACCACCGUCUUUAGCCAUGCACAAACAGUAGUUUUGUGUGUUGACUGCUCUACUGUCCUCUGCCAGCCUACAGGAGGAAAAGCAAGGCUUACAGAAGGAUGCUCCUUCAGAUGGAAGCAGCACUAAAAGCACCCUGAAUCAAGAUGAAUGGGAAAUGAUCCCAAUAAACACAUUUUGGAUACAAAAAAAAAAAAAAAA